UUUCACUCAUAUGGAAACGUCACCAUUGUUGGUGAAGGGCUGCAAAAUUUAGGCUUAUGCUUGGCGCUUACGGCCUUUUAACAGGAAGGGAUCUUUAUCGUGCCACACCUGCUGUGAAACGGUACCUUGGUUUUUCGGUCUCAUCCGAAGAACCGUCCCAUUUAGUCGCCUCUCACGACAAGCAAGGGGUACUGAGGACCUAUUCUAACCCGGAACCCCACGGGAUACCAGGGAUGAAGUAAAAGAGAUUGCACAUGUAAAGUAGUUUGCUUCUUCGGGACGACUUGUUUCAGCUGAGAAAUGGCUUUUUAUCUACGGCGCAUACCAAUAGUUUGCCCAAACACCAUUCAUAAUGGCAAAAGGACCAUUAAACCCUGUGCAGAGAAAAUUCCAAAUACAAGCAUAUGUUGUAAAAAGUGUGGGUGGAAUGCAGCUCGAAGAUAUUAUUUACAAGGAUCAAAGAUGUGCAACGGAAUUCUGUCUAAUGGUGAACCCUGUGACAACAUUGUAAACCCAAUAACAAAGCUUUGUAUCAAAUGUGGAUCACUAGUAGACUUUCAGCAACCAAAUGCAGAUGAGAUGGAGAAAAAAGAAGUAUUGAGAUUUGCACAAGAUGUAAUUUGUUGUGACCUGUGCCCAGAGAAACAAACCAAAAACCAAGUGGAAUAUGUAUGUAAAAGAUGCAACCUGAACCUCUGUACAGCAUGCGUUGGUCUUCACGUGUCAUCAGAUCCAUCAAGCCGUCAUGACAUCACUGGAUAUAAGUUUAAAGAAAAUGAUGGAUGUGAUAAUUCUAUUUCCUGCGAAGUGCAUCAAAAUAAAAAAUGUGAACUCUAUUGCAAAAAUUGUAAAAUUCCGAUUUGUACUACAUGCAUCGCAUCAAAUCUUCAUACUGAUCAUAUAUUCGAUGAAAUUUCCGAUUCAUGCGAUAGAAUGAAAGCAUUUCUGCGGGAAGAAAACGAAGAUCUUGAGGGUUCCAUUGCUCCAGAAUAUGAUAGACUCAUUUCUGAGCUUCAGUCCACUAUAACGGUUUACAAGAUAAAUCACGAAAAUAUGACGAGAGAAAUAAAAAAUCAGGCGUCACAGCUUCAUUCGCAGUUAAACACAUCAAUGCAAAAACUUCUCAGUAAUGCGCAGAAAAUGGAAGUAGAGGACAUGCAUGAUCUUUCCAAUCUUCUCUCCAAAAUGCAACGCAUCCGUUCAUCAAUUCAAGCUGAUAUAGAAGAAAAUGAAAAGUUGGAGAGUGGUAAUGAUGUUGCACUACUAAUGGAACGUGUACAUGUGGCGAAGGCGGGUAAAUUCAGACGUGUUCCACCCUUGAUAGAGCUUACGACGCCUAGCUUUCGGCAACCAGAAGUGGAUGCCGAAAUGUUGUCCAAAUUAGUAGGAGAUUUGAUUCCGAGCGUCAAACAAACAAAAGCGGGCUACAAAAUAAAGCUUCCCAAACUAGGACAGAAAGAGACUGAGUGACGAAUAGAAUGAUUUAUUAGUUAAGACCUGACAUGGACAAAUAAGAAUAUCUCAUACUUUCGUUGUGUUGUACAACUAUAAUCGAAAAAAACAACAACUUACUUUACACAUAAUCCAUUAAUUUGAAAUGAAUAGAGAAAUUUGUGAUUUUGUUUGUGAUUGGAUUUGAAAGUUGUAGUCUACUGCAUCCAAUUCUAUGAUAAUUUACAUGACUCGCCUCGUGUUUAAUUUAGGGAUGUUCCCGAUUCGCACGAUACUUGGGUAGUCAGGUGAAUUGCCAUUGAAAUUUAUAGAUAAUGACAUGCACUUUGUUUUCUAUUGUCAAAUAAAACUGGAUCUGUAACUCA